ACGGUUUCCACCAAUCACAGAGCGAGGAAAGGUCCGGCGGUCGCUGCAGCGGGACAUAGAAGCCGGAGGAACGUCAUCUAUAGGAACAACAACAGCGGCUGCCAUCCUCCGAGCCUGGGAACUGAGCUGUGGAGCAGUCAUAAAUCCAUAUAAGAUGUCAUUGUGGUGCUCAGCGUCUGGAAGAAAGGGACCAAUUUAAACCAACAGACAUUGUCCUGUGCAGAAUACAACAGCUACCAAUAUAGACAAGAUGACGUUCAUUUCUCAAAACCACACCGCUGCUAAUGAAGUUAGAAGGUCUAUGCUAUCUAAGCGUGAAAAGAAAGAACUGGAUGACAUGGCACAACUCCGUUUGGAACUUUCCAAGGCUAAAAAUGAAACCAUACAGCUGCUAUCAAAGCACAAUGAAGAGCUGUCCUCUUGUGAAAGCCAGUUGGGCAAGCUGCGAUGUGAAGUUGAGAAAGGAGAAGCUGUUCGUCAGAGUCUAGAAUAUGAGCUAGCGGAGGUGAGAAAGCAAUGUAGCAUGGAAAGAAUGGCUUUGCAAGAGGAGAAAGAAAAUUCCUAUGUAAAGCAAGAACUUUUUAAAGCACAAAUUGAUGAACUCCAAAGCAAGAUGCACACCAUAGAAGAAAGUUUCCAGAGUACACAGCUUGGCUGGCAAGAGGCACAGAAGAAUCUUGAAAGGGAUUUGAAGGAUCGAGACUUUGAGAUUGAGAUAUACAAGAAAGAACAGGAUGUGCUUUCAUCAGAAAAAAACAGCCUGGAAGCACACACGCAGAAACAAAACAUGAUCAUCCAAGAGCUGCAACAAAAACUUAAAGAAUUUGAUAUAGAGAAGAAUAGCUAUCUGGAUACUGUGAAGAGACAAAAGAGUGAAAUCGCCAUUGGUUUGGAAAGAGAAAACCGACUGAAGCAGGAGCUUGAGAACAUCCUUAAUGAGAGAGUGAAGAGACUUGAACAAAGCAUUGAAGCAGAGCGAGCAGCACAUCUGGAGUCCAAGUUUAACUCUGAAAUCAUCCAGCUGCAUGUUCGGGAUCUCGAAAGAUCAUUAGAAGUGGAGAAGGCCAGCCAGGCACAAACCCAAUCUGAUUUAGACCUUAUAAAAAGUCAAUUUAGAGAAGUGGAAAAAGCCUAUAACAAAGAAAAGGCUACCGCAGAAGAGUUGGCAGACAAACUUGCCAAAUUGGAGAAAGAAUAUUCCUAUAUGGUGAAUGAGUUUAAAGUGGAAAUAGAGAAGCAAAACAAAAUGAUCACAGAUCUGUCUGCAAAAUUAAAGAAAUCUGAAGAAAGCUUGGCCGUAGUGGAACAGGACCUUGAAAAGAGCAAAAAAUGCCAACUGUCCAUAGAAGAGGCUUACAAGUGUAACGUGAGAGAACUACAGACAUUGGUGGAAAGCUUUAAUACGCCAAGCCAUCGUCUAUCAGGGACAUAUAGUGAUAAAGAUGAAGCUGCUGGACCUGCUGUUCUUGAGGCUCUGAGACAUACCUUGACAGAUUACCAGAACAAGCUGGAAAGCACGUCUAAUGAGUUGGAGACCAAAAAACAUGUCUGUGCUGAGAUGAGAGAAGAACUAGACUCCUCGAAACAGAUAAUUCACACCCUGAAAAAAAACCUUGAGAACAUUCAGUCAGAACAGCUAAUUUGUGAGAAGGAAAUACAAAGUCUGAGUGCUGCUUGUGCUGAGAGAGAGUCUCGGAUAGCCCAACUUCAGACAGAAUUGGUGAAGGCACGUGACACCUGGGAGAGGGAAAAACGAAGAGCAUUGGAGUCUGAACAUGGAAUCCAAAAAAUAACUCAGUCUUUUCAGAAGGAUACAGAGGAGAAGUUAACUUUCCUGCACAGUCUAUACCAGCGCCUGGUGGUAGGUUGUGUGCUCCUAAAGGAACCAGAUAACAUUAUGGGUAAUUUCUCUUGGCCAGAACUCUAUGUUAUAUUGCAGGAGAAUGUAGAUGCCCUUAUCUCAGACCUCCACCAAGCCAAUGAAAAGGUAUCUCAUCUGGAAUAUGCUUGCAAAAACAAGGCUGAUGUGUUGAGAGAACUGCAGAAAAAACAUGAGGACUCCCUUGACAGACUCGCUCAGCAAAUGAAAGAACAGCAAAAUGCCUGGCAAAGAAAGACUAGAGAUUUAGAACAACAUUACUCUGCUCUUCUAAGGGAGACUAACUCCAGGGCACAGAAAUAUCAAAGAAUAGCUGAAAGAUCAAAAGAUAAGAUCUCCAUUUAUGAAAAAACCAAAGAUCAGAUGGCACUGGAGAACGUGCAUGUAAAAAAUCUUCUUCUUAACACAGAAAAAGACCAUAAGUCCCUUCUUGCAGCUUUUGCACUCAUGGCUGGUGCUUUAUACCCAUUGUACAGUAGAGCUUGUGCUUUGGCUACACAGAGAAAUUUCCUGCAAGACCAAAUGAACACUUACAUGGAUGUUCAGAGAGAAAUCCGGAAUCUAGUGCAAGCAUUGUCUGACAGUGAAGUUAAGAGGGAAGACAACUCAAAGAGAAGUCCAAAAGAUUCCAGAUGUAUGAAGCGUGUGUUUCGACGUGGUGUCCUCGUGAUUUUAGCAGCUAAUCGGCUUCAGCGGCUUGGAAGAUCCAGCAACACGCUCUUUAUGUGGAUGGAAGGCAUGAGUAAAGGACCUUGUCUUUUGGUUUGUUCUAGAAGAGACCAAAACAGCAAAACAUUCAGGCCACCAGAUGAGAUGGUACGUUGUCAAGAAGCAUGGAAGUGGCUUACCAGCACUGACCUUCUAUCUGCUGUUAUCACCUCAAUGACUGAUCUGCUUGGGUUUUUAAACCAGAAAGUUCCAGAUUCUAGGUCACAGAGACAGCUCAUUGACACAGCCAGCAACUGUUUUUCUAAGCUAAUGAACAAGCUGAAUGUAGGGUCCGCAGAACUACAAAGAUACCCCAUUCAGGUGGAUCCUGACAGUCUUCUUCACAGACUGAUGUGUGGACUUCAAAGAAUCAACUCCCAAACACCAUCUGUGGACCUUACUAAUAUAACUCCCAUUAUGAAGUGCUUGGCUGUCUUGAAAAAACAAAUCCUUGCAUUCACCCAUCGACUGCAUACAGCGGAAGUAGAGAGACGAUCGUUACGCCGGCAGCUGUCUGAUAUGAAGAAGAAACUGAAUGAGAGUAACACAGAGAAUCUUACAGCACAAAGCCAGCAGUGCCAGCAAUCUAAAUUGGUCCCCUAUGAGAAAUUUAAAACGGUCUUCGAUGAGCUGAACAAUGCAUUGUUACGUGAACAAGAAGCCCAGAUUCUCCUGAAUGAGCAGUCUCAACAGUUACUGGAGCUCAACCACAAAAUAGAAUUACACUCCCAGGAGGAAGCGGAAAAAGAUCAAACCUUAUCGGAGGCAGUUACGAGUCUUUCUGGAACUAAAAUGGAGCUGCGGAGAAAGGAUCAGUCUUUACGUCAACUGACCAGACAGCUUACUCAGCUGGGGCAGGAAAAGCUUAAACUGGAAGAAAGCAUAUCUAGUGCAGAAAGUGCCCUGCGCACAGCAGCUAGGGAAAAGGAGGGCCUGUCAAAUUAUAUGAAAUCAGUUACAGCCAUGUUUCAGAAGAUGAGAGAGCAGACCUCCUUAUCCCGGGUAACAACAUCACAGCAAGACUUCACUUUCCAGCUUCCAAAGUUAUCACCUAAUAUGUUUGAAAUGGAAAGUUACACAGGAGGGCCAGACUUCCCUGUUUGCCAGAGUAUGAUUAAGAGCUUCUUGGACAUCUAUCAGAUUGCAUGCACCAAAGCAGCUGCUCUGGAAAAAGAGAUAAUGUUCCAUAAGAAGCACAUUGCUGCUCUCAAAUCCGAGCUACAGACCGCUUGCCUUCGUGAGACCAAGAGCUUGUCUCCGGCAAAGCUGCAUGCCAGCACCCUACCAAUCUCAAAAUUUCACUCAGAAAGAAUUAUUGCAGACUUUGUACGACUGCAAGCUGAGCCAGACUUCUCACACAUCCAUAUGGACUCUAGUCAUCUAAACAGCGGAAUUUUCCAGCCUAUUGACUUCUCAUCUGUUAGCGACUUUAAAUUUACACCCAUGCAAGAGCUGCCAACUAAGACCUAACAGUUUCCUUCCCAGCAAUGACCAUGUUCCCAUGUUUUAUUAAAGACAACAUCCCAUGG